CCCCCACUCUCUAUAAAACUUGCCGUCUCUCUCCCUACCUUCAACCUCAGAGCCGUCUCGUCGCAGCUUCUUCCGCAGGCGUUCGAGAUCUCUCCUUCGACUCUCCUCCGCUGUUGCCCGACCCCAAUUCUCCGUCAUGUCUAAGAGAAAGGUCAGGGAGCCCAAGGAGGAGAACGUCACGCUCGGCCCGGCCGUGCGCGAGGGUGAGUACGUCUUCGGGGUCGCCCACAUCUUCGCCUCCUUCAACGACACCUUCAUCCACGUGACCGACCUCUCCGGGAGGGAGACCCUCGUUCGCAUCACCGGUGGCAUGAAGGUGAAAGCUGACAGGGAUGAAUCAUCGCCUUAUGCAGCCAUGCUUGCAGCCCAAGAUGUGGCUCAGCGAUGCAAGGAACUUGGUGUUACUGCUCUUCACAUUAAGCUUCGUGCCACUGGAGGAAACAAGACCAAGACCCCAGGUCCAGGUGCUCAGUCAGCACUUCGAGCCCUUGCUCGUUCUGGCAUGAAAAUUGGUCGCAUAGAGGAUGUGACACCGAUACCAACGGACAGUACUCGCAGAAAGGGUGGUAGAAGGGGUAGAAGGCUGUGAUUACUCCUGGCAUCAGGCAUGCAAUUAUGCUGCUUCUUUUUCUGCGAUGUUCUGCAUUAGAAGCAAGUUCUCGCUUUUGUUGCUGUUAUUGUGAUUAGUCUUAGGGGUUAUAUGUGGAUGUUAAAAUUCAUCUCUUGAGCUGGUUUAAGACAAAAGUUUUGGAUCUAGUUUCUCACCAUUGAUUAGAGCUUGAGCCUCAUCUUCUCAUCUUACACCUUGCAAGUGCCAUGGAAGUUUGCUGAUUGGUGCUCUGUAAUUCACUUCUCUCUUCGUAGUUCUUGGAUGCACCUGGGGAGGAUUCGAUGCUUUGUUGAUGGUUCCUUUUGUUUUGCAUCUGAUCUGAAGUACUUUCGUCAUACUGAAA